CCACCGUGCUCCCUGAGAGCUGGCCUGGCCCAGGCAGCAUGCCAUGUCAUUAACAGAAAUAGAAGCCACAACGCUUGUGGACAAGUGCUACAUGUGUGUCCUACAUACAUGCCCCUAGUCUUACAUGUACAUGUAUGCCAAAUUAAAUACCCUAGUACAUGCCAAAUGCAUGCAUCGUCAUGCUGAAUAAUAAUUGUGCAUAUGAGGCAGCUAUUGAAAUUAGCAGCACUGCCAAUGGCUGGCUGUGUUAGCCUCGCCAUUGGCAUUCCAGUGCUGAAAGCAGAGGCUGUUCCAAAUCCAAGGGAGCUGAGACGGAAAACAGUCUUGCCAAAGGAGUUGCCUAUUUACGAUGAGCCUGGCAGCAAAGCGGAGUACCGGUUAGAACCAUUAGACACCACUGGCUAUGUGUACCAGGCAGUUUCUAUUGUUCGGCAGAAUGUCUGGAGGUUUUCUGGGUCAAUCCAGGGUGCUGUUAACAAAACAAAACAAGCCUACAGAUAUGCUGAACAGGCAGAAAAGGACAUCAUUGCAUACAUCAAGACAGAGGAAGGGUUCUUCCCACGAGUGACUGCUAUCGCUUUGGCUGGUCUGACUGGUGUGGUUCUAGCAAGGAAAGGUGGAGUAUUCCGUAAAGUUCUCUACUCUGGUGCUCUGAUGUCGGCCACAGCGUCCAUCUGCUAUCCCUACCAGGCUGUAGAGAUCACCAAGGCAGAGUACCAGGCACUACGGGGUUUCUGGAAUGACAGCAUAGGUGGUGGAAUCACCGGUCGGGUCAUGGAAAAAAUGAGUCAAGGAGAUAGCAAGAAGAAAGAUGCUGAAUCAAAUGGUCCAACUUCUGUGGAAGACGAGACACCCACAUCUAAGGAAAGCAUCAUCGAAUCAUCGCCCUCUGGUGAUCAUGGAAUGUCAAACCCAGAGGACAAGGAUAUGUACUCAACGCGAUCGUCAUGAUGAUUUCAAGAGCUGGCAAAUUACAUACUCUGAUGAUAUCAAAGCUGUCUCCCAAGGACAAUCAGAGCUCCCGGAGAUUACAAACUCUUGAAAUCUCAAAGAGUAUCCAAUUAAUUAAAUCCUCCAGACAUCUGAGGUUCAUCUUGUGUCUGUUUGCAGUGAUAAAAUUUGCUUUUAUUCAUAGGAAUACAAAGACAGGAUGCAUUGCUUAUAUGCAAAACAUUAUAUGUUUCCGGUUCAAAGAGACUACUUGUCAAAGACACGGAAAGAAUGUCACAUCCUGCCUCCACUUUUUUCAUUUUGAUGUCGUUUCAGUAAAGGUCAGUCAUCUCAGAAAUGCUGAAGUGAAAAGACGUGAAUCUCAGACAGAGAAAUAUUUCCAAUUUGUUAGGAAAUACUUUGAAAUUUUCCUUGACCUCCCAUAGACUUCAUGUACAACCGUUGAAGUGGAGUCAGGCCGGAUAAACAUUCUUUCUAAAAAUAUUAGUCACACUUUUAUAAAGGAAACACUGGAUUUUAUUUUCAAUUGCUGGAUUUUAUUGAGUUUAAGAAUGACUGUAUUAAAAUUACAAAGGUAGAUGA